AUGAGCAUCGCGGUGCUGGGGCCCACCUUCCAAAACCUGGCCGCCAACGUCCACAAGAACGUCACCGACAUCUACUACAUCUUCGUGGGCCGGUCGCUGGGCUACCUGGGCGGGUCGGUGCUCGGGGGGGUGCUCUUCGACUGCAUGAACGCCCACCUCCUCCUCGCAUUGUCCAUGUUUGGAACAACAGUUGGUCUUUACGGGAUACCCUGGUGUAAGAAAUCCCUGCUGUUAACUGUCUUAAUGUCAGUGAUUGGCGCUUCCAUGGGAAUUCUAGACACAGGUGGCAACAUACUGGCGCUGAACACCUGGGGAGCGGAGGCUGGGCCGCAUAUGCAGGCCUUGCACUUCAGCUUUGCUGUCGGUGCGUUUGUGGCUCCCAUCCUGGCCAAAAUGGCCUUGGGAGGCUCCGAAUCUAAAGACCUUCCAGUGGCUGGAAAGACAAACCAGACUGUCCUGAGGGCCGUGCCGACAGCAUCAGCUGCAUCAGCUGCGUCAGCACUGAAGCGCCGGCUUGGAGCGGAUUUUUUGUGGUCCUAUGUCGUCAUAGGGACUUAUCUUCUGUUUGUGUCUUUUGUCUUUUUUAUUUUGUAUUCGAAGGGCAGCGCAGCUCGAGACAAAUCAAAGGCUUCUCUGCAGAAAUGCCUGUUUGCCAAAUACCACUAUGCCCUCAUUUUUCUCCUGUUUGUGUUCUUCUUCUGCUACGUGGGAGCGGAGGUCACUUACGGCUCUUACAUAUUUACUUACGCAAAGGUCUUUGCUGAGAUGAAAGAAAACGAAGCGGCCGCUUUGAAUUCCGUCUUCUGGGGGGUGUUUGCCGCUUGCAGAGGAGUGGCGAUAUUCUGUGCUGCUUGCUUGUUCCCUGGCACCAUGAUCCUGCUGAGUGUCGUAGGCUCUGCCGCCUCCUCCUCGUGCUUGGCCUUCUUUGCAAGGUACCCGGCUGUGCUGUGGGUUGGAACCGCCGUGUACGGAGCGUCCCUGGCUACCAUCUUUCCCAGUGGCAUUUCCUGGAUAGAACAGUACACGGUCGUGCAAGGCAAAUCAGCUUCUCUCUUUGUGAUCGGCGCCGCGCUGGGCGAGAUGUGCAUUCCCGCUGUGGUGGGGUACCUUCAAGGCAGGUUUCACCACGUUCCUGUGGUGAUGUACGCUGCCUUGGUGACUUCCGUGAUGACGGUUAUACUCUUCCCUCUGAUGUACAAAUUGGCCAACUGUCGUGGCGAGAGCGACUUGAAAGAAAUGAAUGAGAGCGAGGACCGGAAAGCUUUGUUGUCAAACUCGGGGCUUAAUGAGGAUGAAGAAGAUGAGGAGGAUGCAGGAGAGUGGAACGAAGCAGACUUUGAGGUGAUAGAAAUGAAUGACACGCUGAGAAACUCUGUGGUAGAGACGUCCCGUAAGAUACCAGGGGACUCUCCAGCCAGAGGCUCUCUCCAGCCCCAUCUGGGUGACGUAUCGCCCGAUUCUCCAGCGGUUGCUGGUGGCUCCCCUGGGAGAAAAAAUGUGAAUGUUGACCGGGAGAAGAAGGAUUAA